GAUGCGACGAGGGGCUAGGAAAAACAAACGACAAACACUGACGUGUUGAAAACGAUAAAUACAAAUUGCGUGGACUACCUCCAUUGAGAACAGCGCUAAUUGAGUCAUAGUUAUCUCUCGUAUAUAGAGUAUUGGCUAUUGAUAACUGCGUUUAGUAUUUUGACUUUCAUUCACGUGGUUGCUUUGUGGCGGGCAAAAAAAAAAUAACCACCACAAAAACUUCAUAUUGAUAAUUGUUGUAGACGACAUAAAAGGGGGUUUUGAAGAUAGCCCCAACAAAAAAGAAAGAAAUUGAGAAAGAGAACGAGAGAUAAAAACAAAAUCCAGAUGGCAAUCUAGAAGUGUCAAUAUUUACUCAAACACUUUACGCAUUGUCGUGUUGGUGUUAAUAUUGUGUUAUAAACGCUCGUCUGAGUGUUUGUGUGAUUUUGGUUUUUGGAGUGUCCUUUAUGAAACUCAGUAUGGAGACCUUAAAGGCAAACCCUCCGCCGGAUAGAACGGACGAACCUUCAUCCCAACCGCAAGAAACCAUCACAAGUGCAAAAGAUGACAUUUGCGAGGUCAGUUCUCCUGCAGAGUCUGUCAUAUCGGAGAACGAAAGCUUUAGUACAAACAACAAGAGCAACAAACCCCCAAAGGUCCACCCGAUCGUGUCCAAGCCGUCGUUUCUUAUCUCGGACAUUCUCUCAGACAGGGGACCCGUCCGCCCCGACCCAAGAUACCUGACCGUGCCCCACGGGCCGCUGUACAGAGAUUCGCCUGAUGGGAAGUAUCAGGGAGAGGACUUUUUUGUGUGUAAAAGAACAAUGUCAGUGCCAGAGGGCAUUGACACUGCCCAGAACGACUCACUCAGUGAUUCUGAAAAGGGCUGCUCGUCUCAGGAUAUGUCUCAGUGUUCGUCAAAAUCCAAGAAACCCCGCAAGGCGAGGACGGCGUUCACAGAUCACCAACUCGGAUGUUUGGAGAAGAGCUUCGAGCGACAGAAAUAUCUCAGUGUCCAGGACAGGAUGGAACUGGCGGCCAAGCUCAACCUCACAGACACCCAGGUGAAAACCUGGUACCAAAACAGAAGAACCAAAUGGAAGAGGCAGACUGCCGUGGGUCUGGAACUGCUGGCAGAGGCUGGGAACUACGCGGCGGUUCAGAGGAUGCUCCAAACGAACCCUUACUGGUCGGCGUACCACCCCCACACGUCCGGACUCCUCUCCAACAUAGACGCUCUGUACUACCGCCACGGCACCGCGCCACUUCCGGUGAGCCGACCGAUCAUUCCGCGCAUGCUCAUUCAUGGACUACAGCAACAUGUGAACCAUCUGCCUCACUGAUGGUGGACGGUUUAAUACCCAUGGUCUCAUUAUAUAUAUAUAUAGUGUGUGAUAUUUUAAAGUGCUGCUGCCAAGAAGGUGUUUUUUCUGUCUCGAGAUCUCCUAAUGAAGACUAGACUUUGUGAUUUCAUGAGAAAUGACUAGUCAUCAUUAUGUUUUAUUCAGUCCAUAGAUCAACAGCAUUUAAUAUAUAAAUGAAUCUGGUUUUUAUUGGGCAGAAAACUGGACAAGUAAGAACUUAACUGUGUCCACGAAUGCUAUAUUUGAAAGUUUGUGAGAUAGACACGUGGCAAAAGACUAUCUUUAGAAACAGGAAGUGUUGGAGAGAAGUGUGACACGACAACUGUUUCCCCAUGCAAGCUGUCAAGUGAUGGAAAGGCAAGUCAGACGACUAAUCUGUGUCCAUGCAUGCAAUGUUUUAACAUUUAAGACCAUUUUUGGACUAGGACGUGAUGAGAAAGCAAUUCAGAUGAUUGUUAUGUGCCCAUGCAUGCAAUGCUUUAACUUUGAAGGCCAUGUGUGGACUAGGAAGAUAUGAAAAGGUGUGUUACAUGACAGUUGAAUAUUUAAGACCAUGUAUGGGAAUGCAAAGAGAUGAAGAGAAUUGUAUGCCCUGCAUGACAAGUUUUGAACUUUUGUGGAAUGGGACGUCCUCGUCAAAUGAUAUUUCCGUGUGAUAUAAGUGGACAAGAUAGUAAUUCACAUAACAUUUAUAAUGCAAAUUAUUAUUUUGAGUUAACUUUUGUACAGUCUUCCUUAAUACACGUAACAGAGCUAUACAUUGUGCCUGUGUUAGCGAUUGAAAUGGUGUGAGAAAAGAGGUACAAACUCCAAAAGUCGACCAAUCGAGUUCGGGAAAUUAUGUUGUAAUUAGUGCAGCACAAGGUCUCAUUAAAGGCAUACGGUCACAGAUUUUAGGACGUUAUUUCUCUCAAAAUGGAUAAUAAAUAAAAAUUCUAUUAAUUGUUGAAAACCAAAUCUAGCUAUCACCUCAUCUUAACUGAACCAUGAAUGAGUGAAAUCCAUGUCAACCCUCUCGGCAAUUUUAGUUU